AUGGCUGCUGUCCUCGAUUUGAAUCUCUCUGGACAAGAUCUUGCUGAUAUGUUACCGACCGGUGUUGCCAUACUCAAUCAAAAUGACGACGCUAAAUCAUUCGAAUGCUGGUCACAAUCCAUCCACCCAGAGGAUUAUGACCGGGUAGCCACUGCCUAUCUUGAGACCUCACGCUCUAAGCAUGCCCUGCGCAUCGAGUUCCGCACUCGCAGCCAAAUUUCUUUGUGGCGUGUUCUGAUGUUGGCUCCGUUAGAUGACACUGAUUUGCACCGGUUCAAUUUAAGCGGUGGCGGCUAUAUUUGCACUAUCGCAGACAUUAUCGCAGAAAGGACGGCCGAGCUGCUUCAAGUGGAAAUCGCGCGAGAAGCGCAAGAGCGCAAACAACAACAGGAACGCUUCAUUGAUAUGAUCAGUCAUGAAGUCCGAAAUCCUCUUUCUGCUAUUCUUCAUUGCACAGAGGAUAUACUUGAGGCCGUGAAGGACAAAGAAAGUGGUGGGGUACCUGUGGCAGACAUUGCACAAGCAGCAGAAACAAUGAGUCUCUGCGUUGCACAUCAAAAGAAGAUUGUCGACGUUGUCCUUACGUUCUCGAAGCUAGACGCAUCAAUGUUGACCUUUCACCGCGAAGAGACUAACCAAAACGACACCUGGCACGGACAUUGUCCAUAUUUCGGCCACAGCUUCGGAAGCAAGGCAUUCAAUUUGAAUACAAACUUGACACUUCUUACGCAGAUUGCGGGAUUGAGUGGUGCUAGCGGAUUUCAGCCGGAUGGGCCAGGUUCUUGUCAACCUGGUUUCCAAUGCUAUCAAGUUCACUGCCAAAGCGGAUAG